AUGCAUUCUCAAAAGCGAUGGUCGUAUAAUGUUUUUGUGUGUCUGUUAGACCCUCAAAGACGUGCCUUCGCUAAAUCCGAGUACGGAGAGUCCAUUUUUCCUUACCCACUGAAUGAUCUGGUCUCUGUCAAAGAUCUUGAGCCGGUCAGUGCUGCAGUGUGUGGGUUUCUAUACGCGGAAUUGGGCCCGAUUGACGAGGCACUGCGGUACUUCGACGCCACCAUGAAGAAGAUGCACACAGUGAGACCCAUCUCAGUCAGCUGUGCAUUUGGCGUGUCGGUCCAAGCUGCCAUGGGCCUCUGCUACCAUGCGAAGCACGACCGGCAUGAACCUGACUGCGGACCCGGCUCUGCGGCAGCGCUGGGACUUCCUGGCGCCGUGGUGCAAGGCGCUCGAGGGGCGCAUCCGCUACGCCGUGAACGCCCCAGUCGAGCGUACACCAAGGCUCUGAAGCAGAUCGCAGCUAUCGCCGAGGAGCUCAAGCCUGGAAGUACUGGAAUUGACAUUGAGAUUCCGGUUCAAGUGGGGUUUCGAGUCAUGGAUUUCAUGUUUUACGGAGUGCUGAGCGACAUUUUAGGGGCGCUGGAGGACAUUCGUGCGGCUGAACUGGUCAUCGAAGACGAGUGGGGGACGUACGAGCAGAACCCCAAGAAGAAGAAGAAGAAGAAGAAGACGGUGGCGGUGGAGCCUGGAGCGCUGAGAUGCACUUUCGUGCUAGGACCGAUGAUCGCGGAUUUCCAUGACACGCCCGUUUCGGUAGAUGUGGCUAACAAGAUGCAGGCCAUGGUGAGGGAUAAUGCCAGAUUUUCGCAGGUGAAUCUGUGGACGCAUGUUGAUCGGACGCUGGAGAAGAAGAAGCACGAUGGGAGGGUCGCUUUCAGUCAGCUCAUGGCGUCGGUGUUCGACAGCACUCUUCGAACUCCUGAGCUCGCGAAUGGUAGAGAACUUCCUCAAGCGGUUCAGGUGAGUGGCGACUCGGAGCCGCUGCAAAUGGGUACGGUGCAUUUGGAGUGCACGAGCUUGGUCGGACCUCGCAACUUCGAGUCUAUGUGCUCCGCCAUUGCGACCAGCCAGACGACCAAGAGGCUCUCGAUGCAGCUGGAGAUGGAUCUGGACGACAACUCGAGUGUGCACUGGUGGAAGUGGCUGGCGUACGCGCUGUUCUCCAAGCGAGCGAAGGCAUGUUCAGCCGUUGAAGCGCUUGCUCUGAUUUCGAUCCGCAGUAUGAGUGUUGAAGACAUCGAGGCCUUUGCAGCCGUGCUGGUGUCCAAGCAUCCAGAAGAAGAGCUCUUUGGUUGCUCUCGUGGCGAAGGUGAAGAGCGAGAUGCGACGGUGAAGGCAGGCUCGGCGCUCUUCUGGGAGAUGAACAAGCGAGGCCACCCUCGUCGAGGGUCCCAAGCUGUGACGAGCGAGCUCCCUAAAUGUGUGAGGACGUUCAGUGAUGACGGUGUGAGUGAGUGGGUGAAUGCGUUGGUCCCUGGAUACGGGCGGUGUUUUGUCCGGCGUGGAGAUUUGGACUUUGAUGAGGCUCCCACUGCACUUGAGACGUCUUCUGGUGUGACGGAACUUCGUAUCGGCUUUGACAAAGUGGACCCGUCAGUGUCGGAUGGCCUGUCGGCUUUCCUCGCGACUAUUGGCUCCUCACUGAAGGUUUUGACUCUGGAUAUGACGCAUCUCGAGGUGGACGUGAACGCACUGAUUCGGAGCUGCCCCAAGCUUGAGCAAUUGACGCUUUGUGGAUGCGAGAUGGCGGACAUGCUGCUGGACUUCAGCGAGUACCGCAAGAGGAACGAGCCUAUCCCAGAGCUCUCGUUUGAGCAUGAGAGCCUCAGUGCACUCGCUGUUGAGCUGAACAACGAUUACAGUCCACUGACGAAGUGUCUACGCCGGCUGCAAGUCCACCUCAUCGACCAGUGGGCUGCGUGGGGGGUCAUUGUUGCCGACCACAACAACCGCCCCGCCUUCCAGGCCGGCUUGAGAGCACUCCUCGACAUGCUCGGAGUGAACGAGACGCUGGAGUUUCUCGACGUGAUCGUUCCGUUCGGACACUUCAUCUACCUGAACGACUUCCGACAGUACCACCUGACGCCCAUCAACAGAGCCGCCAAACUGCCCACAGAGACCAAGACUGCCUUCCUGAGCGUCUUCUCAGCGCGUGAAAAGCUGGCGGAACGCAACAAGAAGCACAAGAGGCGAGUGACGAGGGCGACGCAGUCUGUUCGGCCUUUGUGUCGGCUGGACCAGCACGUCUUGUACAACAUCUUUGAAUUCGCAGCUCCCCGUGUCCUCCGCCAAGUGUAUCUGCGCGACCCACCCCGCAAUGAGUUAGAUGAACCAGAACGACUGCCGAUUUAG